AUGAAAGAGUAUUUCAGUUAUCACAUUUUCAUCAUUCUCUUACCAUUGUCCAUCAUCUGUAUUGGCAGCAGUACAAAGCAGGUAUCGUUUCAGCCAUUCAUUAAGGAAAUAUAUGUUACGCCAGAGCACCAACUUGCUGGCAGGCUAGUUGGAUAUUAUCUGUCUGCCCUUAGAUGAAGACCCUCUUUGAUUGAGUUGCUCUUUUAUCCCGUUUUCAAGAACUUAAAUCUUUAUACAGCUUGCACUCAGUGACAAUUUUCAGAGUUUCUAUGUGAGUUGUAAUAUUCUAAGGCGCUGGAUAAACAUUUGUAAGGUCCAGCAUCUGCCGAAUUCAUUUAUCCCAUAGGAAUGUUCCUCUCAAGGACAACCGGGACUGCCAGGGACCCCUGGGGCACCUGGAGCAUCCGGAGCUCCGGGAAUUCCGGGUAGCCCUGGUACCCCAGGCACCCCCGGUACUCCAGGAACCGCUGGUAACUGUGGAACUCCUGGAAUGGCAUUUAGCUCAAGGCGAUGGAAACAAUGCGUUUGGCCAUCUUCCAAUUCACGGGAUAACAGAGACAGUGGGCAAGUGCAUGUAGGUAUAUUCAGUGGAUAUUAACUGAUUGUCUCGUAAUUAAGAUGGUAAGGCACCGCAGACAGUUCAGUUGGAGACUCAGGCCCCGGCCGUCCACACAGAUCCGGAUAUUUUUGAAUCCGCAACUUUUUCCUUCCGGAUACGACUUCCGUCCACACGUAUCCGGUGAAUCUGGAAUACGAAUCCGCAACUUUUUUAAUCCGCUCUCCAGUGUGGAAAUUUUUGAAUACGCUAUGAAUCCAGAAUCGCGUGGACGCUAAAUCCGGGUAUUGUUUAUCCUGUAAAGUUACCAGAUCGAAUCACCCAGUUGUUUACCGUGAAUACUGUAUUCACUGUAUUCAAGAUGGAAACCUCGUUCCCAGGUUCUCUCUCUUACCUGUCUUUACGAAGCAUGCUCUGUUGCCAAUGUUCCCAGAGAAGUCCUGGGUACUAUAGUAAAUCCGCAUACGUGUCGGAUACGUGUGGACGGGCAAAUUCGAUUUGAAUACGGAUACGUGUGGACGUAGAAAUUUUUUAAUCCGGAAAGAAAAAGAUGCCGAUACGUGUAGACGGGGCCUCAAUCUCAUUAUAUUAAUAUUGCCGAGGCUUGCGAGGUUGUGAGAGACUCAGGUUCAACGACCUGGAACACUACCAAGGCUCUUAAAAAACGGAAAGGAUCAUGCUAACUGGUAACAAAGAUCUUUUUGUAGUCUUAGUUUUCUCCUGUUUCCCUUUGAUCGACCUCUCAUUAGCUAGUUUAGUAAUAUUUAGUGAAUGUUUCGACAAGUGUGCUGACCCGCAUGAUUAAAAUUUAAGAAAAGUGUGACGUCACGUUACCAUGGUAGCAAAAUGUCUGGAUCACAACAACAAGGAGCUUAAGCAACGACGCCGGCGACGGCAACGAGAACGGCAAAAAAAACAAUAGGUUUAUAUCUGCAAAACAACAAUUGUGCACGUGCAUCGCGCUUUUUUUUAAGUUUCUCACCCGUCGUUGCAGGACUGCGACGUGAAACUUUUUAACUUCACGCACCCGCUUUACGAAGUAGGCGAGCACAACGCAAAAUUUUUUUUUCUUUUUCUUAACUUAGAUACGGUCCUUUCGGAUUUAACCCUAGAAAAUUUGCGAACAUUUGACAAAUUAAAUGAAAUUGAAUAAAAUCGAUGAAGUUUGAAACAGUGCGAAUUUACGUUUUUGGUUUGUUGUCAUCCAAAAUUUGCUACCAUGGCAACGUGACGUAACCACUUCUCCUCUCUUUUCAUUUUAAUAGGACAUUUCCGAGUCCCAAAAAAUCUCACUUUCAAAACGAGGCUAAGUGCGAAACCUUUGUUGUGAAAAUGAGUUUUAUUUGCAUCAUAAUUAAAAAUCAUUUUCGUAUCAAUGGCUUCGCACUUAGCCUCGCUUUGAAGGUGAGAUUUUUUGGAACUCGGAAAUGGCGUAUUCAAUCUUUUUCGCGUGACCUCAGGUAUGUGAUUUCACCAAGCUGAAGUCUGGCACUUUCUUGCGAGUGGUAUACAUGGGUGUCACUCGUAUUCGGAGCUGCAAAACCUGCUGCAAGAGAUGGUACUUCACUUUCAACAGUAAGGAGUGCAGCAAACCAGCGCCCAUCGAUGGCAUUGUUUACCACAGCAACGAAAUAAACAUCCACAGGUCUACCAACAUUGAGGGCUAUUGCGGUGGGAUUCCAGCAGGAAAGGUGCAAGUUGGAUUCAACGUUGGCGACUGUACUGGAUCAGGGGCAAGCACAGGAGACGCCUGGACGAGUUGGUAUCAAACCAUCAGGAUCAUCAUUGAAGAGGUGGAGCCGCCCGUUGCUUAA